GACGAGGAGAAAAUUGAAGAAGCAAUAGCUUAUACUGGCCUUUUAGGAAUUAGGAUUCAAGAAGCGAUUAGUUCUAAAAAAAUGGCGAUGCCGACGAGGGUAGGAAGUGGAAGUGUGAGGGGCUCCUCAAGCAGCAGCAAAAGGGAUGACACGGCCAAAGCAAUGGUGGCUGAUCAAAUUUCUCAGGCAGUACAAUCCACCUCCAAUCUCCUCCACCUCAUGCAGCAGUCCUCCCCUUCUCAGACUCAACUGAUGAAGCUCCCAAAGAACCUCCUGGCUAAAACUCCUACAAUAAAAAACACUGGGCAAGUGCUGGAGCAGAUGCCUCAGGUGAUUUCAUCCUUGGAUGCACAUCUGGAAAAUGGAUUGCAGAGUGUUCUCCAUCUGAAGCCUGUAAUCCAGUUACUCACAAACAUGGAAAGCUUCCAACUCAAUUCUCUGUCUGUAGCUCAUCUCUCUCAGGAGGAAGCUGAGUUGCCAAAGCAACCUCCAGAGGCAGGUUGAGCAAUCUUAGCACGCCUCUAUGAUUGAGGCCUGGAAUGGCAAAGUAAUGCUAGAGACCUUAACUGCCAACCUUUGGAAAUGUAGCUAAAAGUUGUGACGCCAGUUUACAUUGCACACAUUGAACAUCAAAUUUCAAGUAUGGCGAUUGUGCUGUCGAGAUGAUAUUGGAAUAUCCUCCAUUUAUUUCUGGGUUCGUAUCAAAUGUAUUUUUCAAAAGUAGUCCAAUCUUUCGUUUUCCCUAGUGUUGGAAACACUUUGCCUUCAAGUAUUGACUUGCUGUAUAGCCUUCUUCCAAAAGGGAAGUAUAUACCUUCUGUCCAAUCCAGUUUGCUGUCUUGUUAUUCCUUCUCUAGAAGUAGAGUAGAGCCAGACUCGCACAGAUUCGUCCGUUCAUGUUGUUUUUGGACAGGAUAUGUCCGUAUGGCGCUGCUCCUUGCUCAAUGACUAUGAGGGAGGACCGUGUAUCAAUGAAUUCCAUGAUUGUAUAAAUACAAACCUUGCGUAUAUAUAUGUGGGCCAUCUGGCCCGUGUAUCAGUAUUCUUCUUCCA